AUGGAGCCGGCGGCGGACGGCUCGCGGGAACCGGACCCCCGCUUCCGGCUGCCCUCCUUCUUCCCUCGGCCCUCGCGACCAGGCACAUCGAGGUUCCCCGCACCGCUAGCCCCGGAACCCCACCCCAGGCUGGCUCCCAGCCCCCCGCCCGAGGGCCGGAGUGGCUCCUGGAUGCAGCUGCUUUCCCAGCUCCUCGCGCCGCUCCCGGGCUUGCUUCAGAAGCUGCUGGUCUGGAGCCAGCUUUUCGGUGGGAUGAUCCCCACCAGAUGGCUAGACUUUGCUGGAGGCUACGGCCUCCUGAGAGCCCUGAGGGCCCGGGAGGAGCCCGCCGCCCCCUCGGCGCCCAAAGCUCUGAGCUCGCUACGGCUCGACCCCUCGGCCGACUCGGCCGCCGGUCCCCUUGACUGGCUAGAGGGGGGCCUCCACUGGCAGUGCUCGCCCCUAGAUCUGGAAUUAGAACUUAAAGCCAAGGGAGGAGCUUCGGACACCGCAGCCAAUGCUUUUCUUCUGGAGCAGCCGCUGUGGGGAGUGGAGCUGGUGCCCCGGAGCGUCCAAGCGCGUCUGUUUUCCGACCCGGAGCUUGGCCCUUCGCCCUCUGGAUCGUUCAGCGUUCAGCGCUUAAGCAAUGUCAGUGUCGUCUCCUAUUUGCUGAACCCUUCCUAUCUGGACUGCCUGCCCCGGGUUGAGCUGAGCUAUCAGAGUAGUGUUGGAAGCUGCGAACUGGUCGAUUUCCAGCCGCUGAGCCCAGAGAGCGGCUGCCUGGAUGAGGCCCCGUCUUAUCCCCAACCGCUCAACGCAGAGAUGGCUCCCGCCUCGUGGCAGGGAUGUCCGCCUCUCUCUAGAGAAGGCCUGCCCGAAAUCCACCAUCUCCGCAUGAAGCGGUUGGAAUUCCUUCAGCAGGCCAGCAAGGGUCAGGCUUUACCCACCCCUGACCAAGAUCAUGGCUACCACAGCCUAGAGGAGGAGCACAGUCUGCUCCGGAUGGAGCCGAAGCACUUCGGAGAUAGUCCGACUCAGUGUGUUCUUGCUGCUGGAGCUGUUCCCGGAACCGCCCAGGAAACCACUGAGGAGAAAACAGAAUUGUUGAUUAGAGAAGUUCCUUUUGGAUUGGAAAGACAGGGCCUCUCGGGAGGCAUUCCAUCUUGUGAGACUGGACAGGAGCUUGGAGAGGACCAAAUAAGUGUAGUUGACUCUUCAGACAUAGACGAUGACCUUCCCAUUUCUACCAGACCAGCCUGUAGUAACAAGUUGAUAGAUUACAUUUUGGGGGGUGCAGCCAGUGACCUUGAAACAAGUUCUGAUUCGGAAGAUGAGGAUUGGGGCGAAGACGUUGAGGAUGACGGUUUUGAUAGUGAUAGCUCAUUCUCAGAAUCAGACCUUGAACAAGACUCAGAAGGGCUCCACCUUUGGAACUCUUUCUAUAGUGUGGAUCCUUAUAAUCCCCAAAACUUCACGGCAACAAUUCAGACUGCUGCCAAAAUUCUUCCCGGAAGCCCUUCUGAUUCAGAGAAGGAUUUGUCUGACAAGUCUGACCUAGGGAAUUCUCCCCAGACUGGAAGUCUUCCGGAGUCUCCUGAUCAUAAUUCUGGAGAUGAUGAUGACUGGGAAUCUAGUGCAGAUGAAGCAGAGAGUCUCAAACUGUGGAAUUCUUUUUGUAAUUCUGACGACCCCUACAACCUUCUAAAUUUUAAGGCUCCUUUUCAAACAUCAGGGAAAAAUUGGAAAAGCUGUCUUGACUCAGAGAGGGCAUCUGAGCCCAUUUCUGAGUGUCACACCUUACUUUCCUGUAAGGGGCAGCUGUUAGGGAGCCAAGAAAGUAAAUGUCCAGACUUGGUACAGGAUGUGUUUCUUUCUGGAGAGAGACACACACAUAUCCGGAGAAAAAAGGUAACCUUCCUUGAAGAAGUUACUGAGUAUUAUAUAAGCAGUGAUGAGGAUCGAAAAGGACCAUGGGAAGAAUUUGCACGGGAUGGAUGCAGGUUCCAGAAACGAAUUCAAGAAACAGAAGAGGCUAUUGGAUACUGCUUGACAUUUGAGCACAGAGAAAAGAUGUUUAAUAGACUCCAGCAAACAUGUUUCAAAGGACUUAAUGUUUUUGAGCAACAUUAA